CUCUAGCUCAGGUUCACUGCUUUCACUAGACUAUUGCAAAUUUUGGGUGAUAGCUUGCUUUGUAGCUUCCUUAACGUGUUCUCGCCCCUGGGGCAACCCAGAGUGGACCAGCAAGAAUGUAUAACGGCAUUGGCUUGCUGACGCCCCGGGGCUCUGGGACUAGUGGUCAUGUUCAAGGCAAUAAAUUCAAUUUACGGGGAGCUCCGCAUGUACGCACGGAGCCCCCAAAGGAUGGCGGCCCCAAGCAAAAGCAAGCAAACCAACAAAUUCUAGACCACAAGAAGAAGCGAGAAAUAGAGCUGAAGGUGGAGCAGGAGCGAGAGCGGCUUGAGCAGGAAGGAGUCCACACUGAAGCCGAUAUCGAGGAGAUACUCGCGCUCUUUCGGGCACAGGAGCUAGCAAAGCUCUCGGUUAAUGUUAAUGCUGUCAGCAACAAGCUUACGGAUGAGACCCACGCUAUGGCACAGCGGAAGGUGGAGCAGAUGUCCAAGCUGAAGGCCGCGUUCGGAGUCAAGGACGACAUCCGCGAGGGUGAUGCCUUCAACCGGGAACUUCAGGAGCAACUGAAGGCCCAGCGCAUGGCCGAGCGCGAAGCCGCACAAAAGGCUCGCGAGGAGGAGUCUAAGCGGCGGGAAAAGGAGGCGCGGCGACGCGAGAAGGAGCGCGCCAAGGAGGCUAAGCAGAGGGAGAAGGAGGCCAAGCGACGGGAGAAGGAAGCAAAGCUCAGGGAAAAGGAGCGCGAGGAGGCCCGGCGGGCGGAGGAGGAGCGCCGGCGCAAUGCCUCUCCGGAGGCCCGCCUUUACCGCAAGUACGAAGCGGCACCGGACAGGUACGAUCCCUAUGCGGACGAGCAGCGGCGGGGCUACGAUGACCGGUACGAUCGGGAUGAGCGCCGGUACGACAGCGCCUCACGGGACCGGGAUCGGGAUGGCGCCGGCGAGGGGCGCCGUGGCGGUAUGGCGCCUUCCGUGCGCGACGAGCGUGGACGCGACAUGCCGGCACGUGAUGUCGAGCGCGGUCGCGGGAGGGAGCGGGGCCGGGAUUUGGACCGGAUGGAGGACCGUGACGGCG